CAGCUCCUGCUGCCCUUAAAGGCUCCAGGUGGUUAUGCCGCAUUCUGUGUCGCUGUGACCGGCACUUGCCGCGGCGGUCAUGGGGUGGACAACCGGAAACUCCAGAAACCGAAAAAUGGACCCAGUGACCUUCGAGGAUGUGGCUGUGAACUUCACCCAGGAGGAGUGGGCUUUACUGAAUCCUUCGCAGAAGAAACUUUACAGAGAUGUGAUGCAGGAAACCUUGAGGAACCUGGCCUCAAUAGGAAAAAAAUGGGACAAUCAUAACAUUGAAGAUUGGUACAAAAUCCAAGGGAGAAAACUAAGAAGUCAUAUGGUAGAAAAACUCUGUGAAAGCAAAGAAGGUAAUCAAGAUGGAGAAACUGUCAGCCAGAUUCCAAAUCUUAACCUGAACCAGGAAACUCUUUCUGGAGUAAAACCAUGUGAAUGUAAUGUGUGUGGGAAAGUCUUCAUGCAUCAUUCAUUCCUUAAUAGGCACAUCAGAUCUCACAGUGGAUACAAACCAUAUGAGUAUCAUGAAUAUGAGGAGAAGCCAUAUAAAUGCAAGGAAUGUGGGAAAGCCUUCAGUUACCGCAAAUCUGUUCAUAGACAUGAAAGGACUCACACUGGAGAGAAACCCUAUGAAUGUAAGGAAUGUGGGAAAGCCUUCACAUGGCUCACAACCUUUCGAAGACACAUGAUAACACACACUGGAGAAGGACCCUAUAAAUGUAAGGAAUGUGGGAAAGCCUUUAGUUGUUCCACUUCAUUUCGAGCACAUGAAAGAACUCACACUGGAGAGAAACCCUUCGUAUGUAAACAGUGUGGUAAAUCCCUCAGGUCUCCUCUAGGUUUGCGAAUACAUGAAAGAAGUCACACUGGAGAAAAACCCUAUGAAUGUAAGCAGUGUGGUAAAGCCCUCAGUUGUCCCAGUUCCUUUCGAAGACAUGAAAGGAUUCACACUGCAGAGAAACAAUAUGAAUGUAAACAAUGUGAGAAAACCUUCAGUUCUCCUUUAGGUUUGCGAAUACAUGAAAGAAUUCACACUGGAGAGAAACCCUAUGAAUGUAAGGAAUGUGGUAAAGCCUUCAUUUCUCUUUCAAGCAUUCGUACACACAUGAUAACACACACUGGAGAUGGACCUUAUAAAUGUAAGGAAUGUGGGAAAGCCUUCAUUUGUCCCAGUUCGUUUCGAUCACAUGAAAGGACUCACACUGGAGAAAAACCAUAUGAAUGUAAACAGUGUGGUAAAACUUUCAGUUGGCCCAGUUCCUUUCGAAUACACGAAAGAACUCACACUGGCGAGAAACCCUAUGAAUGUACAGAAUGUGGGAAAACCUUCAUUUAUCGCACUACCUUUCAAGGACAUGUGAGAAAGCACACUGGAGAGAAACCCUAUAAAUGUAAAGAAUGUGGGAAAGCCUUCAUUUCUCCCUCAAGUGUUCGAACACAUAUGAUAAUGCACACUGGAGAUGGACCUUAUAAGUGUAAGGAAUGUGGGAAAGCAUUCAAUUUUCCCAGUUCAUUUCGAAUACAUCAAAGAACUCACACAGGAGAGAAACCCUAUGAAUGUAAGCAAUGUGGCAGAGCCUUCAGUUGUUACACAUCCUUUCGAACACAUGAAAAAACUCAUACUGGAGAGAAACCUUAUGAAUGUACAGAAUGUGGGAAAGCCUUCAUUUAUCGCACUACCUUUCGAGGGCACAUGAGAAUACACACUGGUGAGAAACCCUACAAAUGUAGAGAAUGUGGGAAAGCCUUCAGUCGACCCAAUUCCUUUCGAAGGCAUGAAAGAUGUCAUACUUAAUAGAAACCUCUUGAAUGUAAGCAGUGUGGGGAAAACAUCAGUUGGCCUUCAUUCUUACAUGUGAAAACUCCCACUGGAAAGAAACCCUAUAUGUGUAAGAAAUCUGAGAAAGCCUGAUACAAAUUAAUCCAUGUAUAAUGUGCCAGAAAAAAAUAACAUGAAAGAAUAAUUCUUAGAGUUAUAUUGUCUUUAUCAGUGCCUCAUUCUUAAAGGGGAUCUGUCGACUGGAUAUUUACUACUUACGUUCAAAAAUGAACACUGAAGUGAGAGAAUUCUGUAAGAACUCUGUAAGCAAUACUACAUAAUGAUUAACAGGUAUUGUUUUGUCCUCAAAUCAAUUAACAUUUUUCUCUUUUCAUUUUGAAGCCUGUUUGUUCCAUGGUUGAAUUGACAUGUAUUUCUAAU